CAUUUCUAAGAUGAGUUAAAAUAUGACACGUACGAAUUGUCGUUCUCCGCUCUCUCGUUUGUCUAAACAUCGUAGGCAUGCUAAUAGUGUAAAAUUCGAUACACCUCCAACUGAAAUAAAAAGGUGUCUGGUCAAACUGAAAAAAAUGGUGCCAACUAUUGAACGAAAUAAAAAAGUUAAUCAAUUGGAAUUAUUACAGCAUGUUAUUGAUUAUAUCCAAGACUUGGAGAAAACCCUUCAAUAUCCCGAGGAUAUAUUAACUUCCGUCAAUGUAUCGAAAUGUUCAAGUCCCAAAGAAAAGUUUGCCAACACACUUGUGUUAUGGCUCCGUCCUAAUUGUGACUUAUUGAUUAAUCAGAAAGAUCAAUCACUUGUGCAUCUUUAAAAAUUUAUAUCUAUUAACAAAGAAGAAACAAGAAAUAUGGCGAAAAUUCGUCACUUUUCUUUUAGAAAAAAAAGCAGUGAUAUGUACAGACACAAACAUUCGCUUACACCCAUACACACUAUUACCAAUGAGCAUUAUUGACAUCGAUUGUUAUGAUUUGAUUUUCUGUUAUACAUGAGUGUAUAUACAUAUAUACUUAUAUAUUUAUAGGCAUUGUCUCUCACAUUGCCCAGCUCCCUUUUUCUCAUAUGUUUUAUUAUUG